CGACAUUCGAAACCCCCUCAACAAUUGAACGACAGCGUCUCACAAUCCAGAGACGUCGGUGCCAGCGGAGCUUGCAGGCAAGCCAUGGAGCCACAGAAUCUGGAGGCAGCAUCUACCUACAUCAACAAUGUCUUGCUGGCCAGGGGGCUGCUGAAAGGCGGCCGUCCCAUUGAGUUCGCCAACCCUGAAGAUGAGGACGGGGGCUCGGCGGCCACAAUGGGGCGAAUCAUCAAUUUGGUCAAUGAUCUGGUGCUGCGCAGAGACCGCGAAGCCGAACACCGAGAGAACUUAGCAACCACAAUUCGGACCCUACGUGUGGAAGAUUCGCAGAAGACAGCAGAGCUGGAAAAGGUAAAGACCAAGGCAUCCGAAUUGAGCCGCUCGCUGGCUCUCGCAGAGGCGCAAGAACGAGCCUUGAAAUCGAACGUUGCCAGCGCCGACGCGACCAUCCGAGGAUUGAAGGAACAAGUGCAGCGCAUGAAGACCACCAUCCAACAAGUCCGGGCUCAAUGCGCCAAUGACAUUCGCAAGCGCGACCUGGAGAUGCAAAAGCUCAAAUCGCACCUAGCGGAACGCCAGCGUGGAAAGCGGGAAGGAUUGUCAAUGACCACCAUCAAUAUUAACCCAGCGGCCAGCCAAACAUCCCGAUCGAGACUCACGGCGGGUGGUGAGGGGAUCAAUGACCCAGGAUACAGUUUGAAACAAGAGACAAACGACUUUUUGACCGAAUUGUGCCAGACGCUUAGUGACGAGAACGACACCCUGAUCUCACUGGCGCGGAACACCGUCGAAACUUUAAAAGACCUCCAGGGAUUGUCACAAGCCGAAGAGGACGACAAAUAUUCGACUGGAGUGGCGAGUGUCGGGCCCAGUCGAUCCGUGCAAGGUUCGGUUACGGCACUUCCGACCUCAUGCGACGAGCUAUCCACGCAGAUGGACCAUGUUCUCGAACAUCUUCGGACCCUGCUCACCAACCCGUCAUUCGUACCCUUGGAGGAGGUAGAAAUGCGGGAUGAGGAAAUAAAGCGACUUCGCGAGGGAUGGGAGAAAAUGGAAGGCCGGUGGAGCCAAGCCGUCACGAUGAUGGAUGGGUGGCAUAAGCGCAUGGCAGACGGAGGCCACUCAGUACAGGCAGAAGAGCUGCGAAGAGGCAUGGAUCUUGACCUGCGCUUGGAUAUUGCCAAGGCUCUAUCAAAAGACGGAGAGCGGGAACCAACCAUACAGUCGCCCAUUUUCGAGGACCAACAAGCCGAAGAAGAAGAGGAAAAGGCGGCCGAAAAGAGUACAACCGAGAGUAACCGUCGGUCUCCUACUCCGAAGAAGGCCCCACGGUCAACCAGGGAAACCAGGAGCAAGAGAGCCAGUCAGGCUUUGAAGGAGCGGAGUGACAAUAUCAUGACUGGACGCUCGCCCCGGAAGGUCUCGUUUACCACUGGCCUACAAGACUCGCCGUCCGUCCCUAGUGUUGAUGACGAGACGCUACAGGUAAAAGCACACCAAUCUGAAGCAGUGACCCGUAGGUCAUCCAGAAGAAAGCCGGAAUCCAAAGUCCUUUCCCGUCCUCAGCCGAAAGAUUCUCGUCUGGCCACGGCCGUGCAGGGAUCAACCAGUCAAGCUCGCUUGAGCGUACCGCAAAAACUAGCGGCCGUUGAGAGCGAGGCCCGGGCUGCGGAACAAGCUCGCAAGGAGGGCGAAAGCAGGAAACGAGGGCGGGCACUCAAGGGAUCCAGCAAAGGACACCGGGACCGCCGCCGAAGUACGCUGACCAGCGACGAGCUGGGAGAGCUGAUGGGAAUGCCCGCCAAGUGAUGUUUUGUUCCAUGAUGAUAUAUGUGCCUGGGAGACAAGCUUCUUCGAUACCCCCUCGUUCAGUGUCUGAGUAUAUACCAUGCCUGUUUUUCCUGCAUUCCUACCUUGGAGACGACACAAUCAUGACCUGCCUCUUUCUUCGUUCUUUCUUUUCUCUCUCUCUCUCUCUCUCUCAAUUUCUCCCUCUUCUUCCCUACAUGGUUAUUAGCAACCUCGUCUCGGUAAUAG